UCGACAAAAGCGCGCGUGGUGUGGUUUCGCCGGCGGGCGCAUGUUAUUUUGUAACCUUAUUUUUUGUAAACAAUAAGCGAAACCAUGCUUUUGAGUAUUUAGUAAAGUUUAUUGUGACUGGGAUUUUUUUAAUUUGAACAAUGGAGACGCAGUUCAAAACGAUUCACCCAGCAAAAUAUCUCCGUGAUCAUUUUGCUUCAAGUGUAAGACCAGAUGGCAGAGACUUUACUGCGUUUCGUCCAGUAAGUGUUAAUGUUGGAUCAAUUACACAAGCAGAUAGCUCAGCAGUAUUUAAAAUCGGUAAUACAUCUGUUGUAUGUGGCAUAAAAGCUGAACUAGGGACUCCAAAAGCUGAAAUACCUGAGUAUGGUUACAUUGUCCCAAAUGUUGAGCUGACACCAUUGUCAUCUCCAAAAUUUCGUCCUGGACCACCUGGUGUAGAAGCUCAGUGUUUGUCAAAACUCUUGGAAAGAAUCUUAGUGAAUUCUGAAGCUAUAGACUUGAAGGAUCUUUGCAUUCAUAAAGACAAACUUGUGUGGGUUUUGUACUGUGAUCUUAUUUGCAUAGAUUAUGAUGGUUCAGUAAUAGAUGCAUGUGUUGGAUCUUUGAUAGCAGCACUACAAAUUUUGACACUGCCAACUGUUGAAUAUACUGUUGAAACUGGAGCUAUAAAAGUCAUUCCACAACAGAGAAUAAAUGUUCCAUUAAGACAAUUAGCAGUAAGCUCCACAUUUGCUAUUUUUGAACAUCAACUGCUUAUUACUGAUCCUACAGAAGAUGAAGAACGACUUUGUUUAAGCACAAUUACCAUAGCAUUCAAUGAAAAACAAAUAUGUUUUGUACAUAAAUCUGGUGGUGUUCCAAUAUCUCAAAAUUUAUUGUGUAAAUGUAUAUCAAAAGCUAGAACUCGUGGAGAACAAGUGAGAAAGUUAAUAGCAGCAGCAGUUACAACAAUGAAAAAGAACAAGUCCAGCUAAUAUUCCAUUAUUUUUUAGGUAUUAGACUGUAAUUAAGAUUUAAUAUUUUUUAUAUUCAUAAAAAGCUUAUAAUUAAACAAAUCAUUACAUCAUUACAUCUAACUGCUUAAACAAAACAGUUUCUAUUGUUUUAUGUAAUAUUAUCUAGAAAAUAACAAUCAAGAAAUAUAUAAUAAAGGAGAAA